CGAUAAGCUGAAAAAAAUAUAUGUAUAUCAACAAUGGACAGGGAACUGAAUCUAAACCGAGCGGAGACAUUCUCUUUCGUCAACCCCUGGAUCAGAUAUUUUCUCUUCUUCUUCAGCUUUUUAUUUUGGUUGUGUCAUGGUGUCAGAAGUGACAGUUGCCGGAACGAGGACGGGACAGAGAAAGCAGCAGUAUGGUGAAGUUUAACCCUCCAAGUAGCUUCUCCUUUGAUAAACCGGCGGAAUGUCAGGACUGGAAACAGCGUUUGGAGCACUACAGGAUUGCAACAAAACUUGAUAAAGAUGACGGUCCAGUGCAGGUUUUCUCCUUGUUGAUUGUUGCAAUCGGGGUGUAUGCUAAGGUCCAGAAAGCAACAGACACGGUGCGGGACACAUUCCUGAUUGACCCGGCUGUCAUCCUAAUUGUGGUGGGGGUGGUCAUGUUCUUCAUCACUUUCUGUGGCUGUAUUGGAGCCCUCAGAGAGAACAUUCGCCUCCUCAAGACAUUCUCCUUCAGCCUGACGCUGGUCUUCCUCACCCAGCUGGCCAUAGCAAUCUUGGGCUUCUUUUACUCCGAUCAGACACGGGAUGCUUUGGGAAAGUUUGUGAAGAACGCCAUUGUGCACUACAGGGAUGACCUGGAUCUACAAAACUUGAUGGAUUACAUCCAGAAAGAGUUCAAAUGUUGUGGGUGGAACAACUACACAGACUGGUCAUGGAACCUUUACUUCAACUGUACGGAUGAAAAUCCCAGCUCGGAGCGCUGCGCUGUGCCUUAUUCCUGCUGCACUCCUGUUCCUGGAGAGGCAGUGAUCAACACGAUGUGCGGUUUUGGGGUUCAAACGCAAACGUACCUGGAUGCAAACAAGUCGAUCUACCCAGUGGGCUGCGCAGACCGAGCAGUGAUGUGGAUCGAGUCGCAUCUGCUGCUCGUUGGGGCUCUCACCCUGGGUCUGGCUUUGCCUCAGAUUGCCGGCAUCGUGCUCUCCCAGAUCCUGAUCUCUCAAAUACAAGAUGAGAUUACCUCAGCGUUUUGAGAGAAGAGGCAAGAGGAAGGAAGAAGAGACCUUGCACUACUUCAUUCAAGCCUUCAGACCAGUGCAGGAGCAUCUUUGUUUUUUUUUAAACUGCUGUUGUAUCACUGCAGUGUUGAGAGUAUACACUCACCAGCCACUUCAUGAAGCGCAGCUGCUGAACAGCUUAUUAACGCAAAUUACUAAUGAGUAAAAUCACACGGCCCAAGCUUAGUGCAUUAACAUAUGUUAACGUGGUCAAGAAGUUCAAAUGAAGCAUCAGAAUGAGGAAGAAGGGUGACUUUAAACCUGACAAGGCUGAACAUGACUCCAGACUGGACUGAAUAAUUUAGAAAAUGCUGAUCUAGUGGGAUUUUCCAUGAGCAAGCAUCUCUCAGGUUUACAGAAUGGUCUGAAAAAAAGAAAAUAUCCCACAAGUGGCAGUUCUCAGAGCGAAAAUACCUUUUAGUGGAACUCAACAGAGAACUCAAAGGAGAACGGUCUGAAUGGUUUAAGAUUACAAAAAGGCAACUCGUAUAAAGUAACUCAUAUUGCCACUUGUCGUGACUGAGGUGAAAGACCAUCUCUCAACACACAAUAUAACAUGCUGAAGGCAACAACAUUACAUGAUCAGAAAAAUGUUGCCUGGUAUGACUAAGAGCUCAAUUUCUGCAGUGACAUCCAGCUGAAAAGGUCAUAAUUUGGCGCUGACAAAAUAAAAUGACGGAUCUUUCCUGCAACGCAUCAAUAGCUGGCUGAGAGUGAUCGAUGUUUUCUCUCUGCUCUCUUUAGGCUCUUGAGUAGCAAUAUAGUUCCAAUUGAGCACCACAGCUGACUUGGGUGUCACUACUUACCACGUCCAUCUCUUUAUGACCAGUGACGGUUACUUCCAGAAAGAUUGUGUGCCACAUCACAAAGCUCAGUCCUCUCAAACUGGUUUAUCGAGCAUGACAGUGAGGGCGCUCUACUCAAGUGUCCUCCACAGUCACCAGAUCCAGCAGAGAAGCUCUGGGAUGUGAUGGGACAGGAGGUUCCAGUCGUAUAGUGAAUGUGCGGCAGAUAAAUUGACAGCAACUGUGCGACGCUAUCAUCUCAAUGUGGACCAAGACCGCCGUUGAGGAUUAUGGUUUUUCAAAAGUCAAAAAUUGGAUAGAUCCUCCUGACACAAACAAAGUCUACUCAAUAAAGUGACUGGUGAGUGUAUAACUUGUUCAUGUGCCGUUGGCUUUGGGCACACAAGUGUGAGGCACUUUAUUUUGUUACUUGAAUAGAAAAUCACAGACAAUAUUUCUAAGUUUAUAUUUAUUGAAUUUAAGCAUGUUUUUUUUUAAACUGCAGAGUUUCAUAUUUAAAUGUGAUAUAUUUUCUAAUAAAAUUCUGUUUAUAAAACCUCCAUGUACUAGGCCAACGUUACUGAAGUUUAAUAGUUUUGUUUAAAAGCAGUGCAAUUAAUAUUAGAGUUGAAGGGUACAAAUCAUGAGCAACCAACAUUAAACUCCUGACAACUUUCAUACAAAUACAAAUUUGUGCUCUUACAUAGUUUUAUAGGUUAUACAUAAAACACAGAACUCCAAAGGGUUAAUUAUCGGAUAAACUGAAAAUUAAAAUGACAAACUAUUUUAAUAACAAACCUGAAGAAAUCAUUUUAGAUCAUCUUAUAUGUUAUUUCCAUCAAUCAGCUCAAGACGUUUCUAUAACCACAGACAACUAUAUUGAUAUAUUCCUUCCUGAAAGACAACUUGUGUUGACUUCUCCCAUAUUAUCACGUUUUUUGUUAUUCGUUCUAAUCAACAUGUUUCUGUAAAUAAACACUCAGUACCAGCGUUUUUACUUCUUCUGUUAACCACGUAGUACAUGUCUGCUUCUAACAAUAAUGCAGAAAGCAUGUAUCGCCUCAUGCAUGCUGAGACCCCAAAUAUUGUCUAUAUUUUCAUUAUUAAAGCUGCUUAUGCGGCGCACACAAUCAGCUAACUAAGUGGCUUUUUGAGACUGUUACUGCUGGUUUUAAAAAAACAAAGCAGUAUAAGUGUCAGAUUGGCUAAUCCAGGCUGCUUCUCCCAUAUUCCUGAGCUUUUUACAUAAAUCACGUUUCAAGAACAUAUUUUCUGAAUAAGUUCUGACGCAGUCGACAUUUAAUUCAUAUGAACGACCAACAGUUUCUUCUUCCAGAGAAGACGUGGGCCAAAUAUUUGGUUGACAUUCAAGAUUAAAACAAUGUGCACACCCAAAAAAAAUAAGACUUCUUUAUUUUUCUUCCAAUGAAGCUACUUUUGUACCCUUUUCUGUAUUGUGAUUGUAGUGCGGUUCAUUUAUUACAGCCAUAUGCAACUUGUUUGGCAGUUUCCAAGAGUUAAAACUCCAGAGAUUGGCUCAUGAUUGUCUGAGAGGUGAAAGAGCAGAGACAAAACUGAUAUGAUAACAUUAAGAAGCAUUUUCUUUUAAAAUUAUUUGCAGCUAAAUAAAUUGAGACAUCCGAGACGUGAAAUGAUUAGAAAAUAGAGUCCUCCCAGUUGACAGAAAAGCUUUCUGGAGCCGAACAUUAGAGGAUCC